AUGAUGACGUCGAAGUGGCUGGAUGUAGCGCCGCUCCUGUUUCAGGAUGGCGUGGAGAGCUUGCUUGAACUGCUGCCGGACCCUUUGGACUGGCGUGCGCUGCAGUGUGCGUGCCGCUGGCGUCGCUGGCAUGCGCCGGGCCUGCUGGAGCAGGUACACCAUGCGCCAAAGUUGCGAAUGGCUAUCAAAAGCAUUUGCCAGAAGUUGAGAAGGUUGCCAUUGGAUGACCUGAUGGGAGAGAGGAUCAGGACCUCGAAUCUGACAGAUGUGGAGGUGCGAUACCUGGUUGAGAUCUUUGGUGCAGAGCCUCGAAAUGCCAGAGCUGAAAUGCUUGAUCUCAGCGACUCCAUGGGGCUUGCAGCAUCACAAGGCUUUGCUCUGGGCUGCUGGCUGCCGAGAUUUCAAGGCCACAGCCUUCGGCUCGCAGAGUGCAAAGACUUUCUGCGCAGCCCGGGCAUUGGCAGCAUUCUACGCGGAGUGAGACACAGCCAACUGCCAUUAAGGCUCUUGGACCUUUGUGCGGCCCAACUCUCAAAGCCCGAAGCACCCGCUUUGGCUCAGCUGUGUGCGUUGAAGCGGAUGCCUUCGUUGGAGACGCUGAACCUGAGCUUCAAUGAGCAGCUGAUGACAGGAGAUGCCUUGGAAGGCAUGGCGAGAGCCCUGGAAGGUGAGACAUGUGGCAUUUCACACUUGGUGCUGAAACACUGCGAUGUGUCCGGCAAGGCUGGAGAGCCCUUGGGGAGGUGGCUGAGACAUUUGCCUUGCCUGCGUGAGUUAAACUUGAACUGGAAUCCCGAGAUCUUCUCUUCCCGUGGCCUACGCGGCUUGCUGAAAGGGUUGACGAGCGGCAGCGGCGGCCACGCAGCCUUGCCUCAUUUACAAGUCCUGCACUUGCAGACAGACAAUGCUACUGCCGCCCAUGAGUGGGUGGGUUUGGAGGAAGCUUUGCAGAACUUCCGACGCAGCUGCCCAUCCCUGCACGAGGCGCCAACAGCGCCAAGUGGCACGCGUUUUGCUGCGCGCCACGCGCUCGCGCCAGCUCAAGAGAAUCUCUGCGUUGCCCUGCUUUCAGUGAUGAGGUUGCCGCCCUUCCGCCAGCAGCUGCGGCUUUGGCUGUCCGACCCGCUGGACUGGCGCGCGCUGCAGCUGGCCUGCCGCUGGAGUUGCGAGGGGUCGCGACUGUUGCAGCAGGUCCACCGCCGCCCCGGGCUUCGGGCCCUCGUGGCCCAGCAGUGCCAGCGGCUGCGGCGCACCGCGCGGGGGGACCUGCUGCGGUCCGGCUUCGGACUCGAGGAGCUUCGCUUCGCCGUGGAGCUGUUGCAGGCGCGGCCAGCGAGCGGAACGGGCCGCGCUAGCGAGAUCCUGAAGCUGGAUCUCAGCUAUCAGCAUCUGCCUCCAGGUGGUGCCCGGGCGGUGGCUCCGCAACAAGGGAUGGCUUUGGGCGUCUUCCUGCGAUAUUGCUCUCGCUUGGAGGAGCUUCGUUUGGAAGGCAAUGCGCAGCUUUGUACACCAGCAGGUUUGGAGGGCAUUCUGAAGGGUCUCAGGGAGCAUCGCUUGCCGCUGAGGACGCUGCUCUUCGGUGGUUGUGGUGUCCCCGAGUCUGCUGCAGCUCCCCUGGGCCGUUUCCUGCGGCAGUGCGUGCAGCUCGAGUCCCUCAGCCUGGCGGGGAACCGAAAGCUCUGCAGUGCUGCAGGGUUGCGGGAUCUCCUUCAGAGUUGGGCUCGAGGCAGCGAGUUCGACAUUCCUGUGAAAGAACUGAGCCUGAAGAACUGUGGCUUGGACGCUGACGCCGCGGUGGCCUUGGGAGAGCUGAUGAGGCGAUGUCACGGUUUGCAAGCGUUGGACCUGCAGGGCAAUCAGGCUCUGGCUCAAGCACCGGCACUGGCAGCUCUCUUGCAGGGCGUGGGCGAUGAAGGCUUCCCGAAGCUCAGUCACUUGAUCAUGGGCUUCUGGGAGAUGCCAAAGGCUUCGGAACAAGCGCCUGGGGCCGGCCUUAGGCGACCUGGUGACCCAGCUUCGGCGAGCGAGAAGAGUUCGGAGUCACGGAUUUGA